AUGGGCUCCAGCUCCAAGAAAAAGAAGGAGAAACAGAAGGAUUUCCAAAAAGCCAAACUCAAAGUCGGCAAAACCAAAGCCAAACCCGACAACUUCACCGACACCAGCUUCAAAGCGAAGAGCAUAACCCUAACCCAACAAUCCCUGACGCUAACCGCGCCCACAACCACCACCCAAUUCACGCACCACGUCUCCCUGCUGGGCUCGAAAUCCGACGCCCAGCGCCGCGACUCCCUCGCCCACCUGACGACGCACCUCACCAACAGCCGCCCCACUGCGGGGGGAAGUCUCCCGCAGCCCGUGAGUACCCUCCUCCCGACCCUGUCCCCGCUCAUCCUGGACGGCAACACCGGCGUGCGCACCCAGCUCCUCAAGCUCCUCCGCGCCCUGCCCCCGCGCGACGUCGAGGACCACGUCGCCCAGCUCCUCCCCUUCAUCCGCGCCGGCAUGACCCACCUGGCCGCCGAGAUCCGGGUCACCGCCGUCGAGGUGCUGGCGUGGCUGGUCGAGAUCGCCGGCCGCGAGGUCGUCGGCUGCGCCGGCGGCUGGAUCAAGACCCUCAAUUGCUUCCUGAGCGUGCUGGGCUGGCACACCGAGGAGUCGUCCAAGUGGUCGGCCUCGCGGGCGGCCUUCGGGAAGUCCGGGAGUGCCGGGCGGCCCAUGGUCAAGGUGCUGGGCGUGUUGGCUGAGUUUUUGGAGGCUGGGAUCGGGGCGGGUGAGGAGGGGGAGGGGGAGGAUGUCGUGAUGGAGGAGGGUGUCGGGGCUGCUGGUGCUGCGGUUGGGAACUGGGAGUUCCCGUUGGCGCAGGUGGAGGCGCAUAUGCUUCCCGAAACGGCGCAGCCCUAUGUCUAUCUGAAUCUGUUUGGGCAGCCUCGGGAUGAGGAAGGCGAGAUGUAUGAGACCCGCGAGGAUCGGUUCCGGGUGUUUGCGGCACGGUUCUUGAAGGCUGUCGAGCGCGGGGUGGAGAGUGCCAGGCAGGAUGGCGGUGAGGUUGGUCGCGCGUCGUCGGCGGUCAGUAAGGUGUUGAAGGAGGCGCUGGGGUAUGCGAGGGGUGCUGGGUUGGAGGUUUGAAGUCUUUUUCUGCUUCUUAUUAUGUUGUUGUUCAUAGGACAGGCGUUUCUUGCGGAUUGU